UCCAUGAACUUGCGGUCCAGCAAUUUGGAAAGCGCAAUUGCUGCCACAACACAACACAUCGCCUUCUUCUAGGAUACACAAUGGCGACGGCACCCCCAGAUGCGGAUCCACAUAAUGACACGAAUACUUCUAUGUCCAAAGCGCCACCGCCGUCCACAGCGCACUCCCCACAUCGCCUCGGCAUGCCCUUCGACCGGCGACUCCUCCUCGCGACGUUCACAUCCUUCUCCUGCGGCUCGAUGCUCGGCUACAUGAAUACCUCGCGGCUUGCCGCCCUCCGCUUUCGGGCCGAAAAUGCCCACCGCCUGCCCAUCUCCCAGCCUGGCUGGUAUCUCUACCACAAAUCCAAGAACUACUAUAAGCUCAGGCACGGGAUUACCGCAGGCCUGCGUUCAGGCGUAUACCUCGCCGCAUGGACGUCUAUCUUCUUCCUCGUGGAAGAGUCCAUAGACGUGUUCAGGGGGACUUGGCGGGCAGGAAGAACAUUUAGGGAAAUGGAAGGCAUAAGUGAGUUGGACAUCGAGAAGAUGGAUACAGGCGUGGAGAAGAGUAGAGAUUUCUGGAGUAGCGUGGUCUCAGGCAUGGUUACAGGCGGAUUGUGGUCUGCUUGGAACAAAUUCCCGGUCUUGACCGCUGCGCGAACUAUCAGGUUGGGAUUGUUUGCAGGACUGGGUUAUGGUCUUUUCCAGGACAGCUUGAUUUGGGCGAGGGGAAAGACCGGAGGUGUAGUCAAUGACGCAGAGAGCUGGAUAUACAAGGGUGCGAAGAAUAGGCGGCAGAGUACAGAAACGAGCGGGGAGCUGGAACAGCAAGAGUAGGAAAUAUGAAAACUUGCCGGCAUAAAAUUGCCAUUUUGGAAAAUCUCGACUUGAGAAGAAGACAGGCCAAAGCCUUCAGGCUGUCGCUUUAGCCGACAUACUGUACCACUGCAUCCUUGAGGAAUGACAACCAUCCUCAAAUGGACUUCGCAACUUCACAAUCAGGCCGUCGACACGGCCGAUCCAAAUUCUUCAGCAGCACUCGGUGGUACGAAUCAAGCCGGUCAAUUUCGUCUGAAAGCUGGCCUGAUAGGCGGCGCGUAGGACUGGGGGACUCUGGUGCAAACCAGCUUUGGCUAGCGGCUGGUAAAAUGGGUGGCAUCUUAUUCAUGCACCCCACACACCUCGUCGAAAUUCUGGUCGAUGACUCUGUACAACAGAUGAUCGUAGACAGGUGCGCAGAUCACAUUGAAGACUACGUGGAAACCUCCUCGCUACAGUACCUAGCCACAUGUACGAAUAUUUGUUUUGCCCAAGUUGC